AACAGACCGCCCAAAUGCCGGAACGGCGAUCGCUGUAACAAUUGGCGGCAACAUCGCUGCCGAUUCCUUCAUCCCGUCAAGCCCGACCAGAAACCGCCACCUGCAAGACGGCGGCGCGCGAGAAAACCAUCCCAAAGGAACCCCUUGGAAUGCUGUGUGUGUUUGGAUGAUGAGCUGCCCCCAAACUCGCCCGGAAUGGUGUUCCACCAAAGAGCACUUUCUCUGCAAUACUUGCUUUGAUCACCACGUCCGUGAGAUUGCCACGCGCGAUGAUCGCCUCGCACGGGGCUCGGCCGUGCCUUGUCCGGUGCCUGAAUGCAAGGCGAAGGACUUUGAUUUUUUUGACCUGCCCCAACAAGUUUCGCGCGAAACAAUCAAGCUGUUGGACGACUUGCGUCGCUUGGAAACGGAGCAGGCCGCGCACAGAGAAGCUGAACAGCGCCUGCGGGAGGAAGCCGCCCGUGAAGCAGUCAGGCGUGCGCAGCUUGACGAGCGACAACGUCAGGCCGAGGACGCUCGCAAGCACAUUGUCGAGAAGAUUCUGACACUGGCCUGCCCACGUUGCAAGACAGCGUUUUUCGACUUUGAUGGGUGCUUUGCGCUGUCUUGUGGCAGGUGUGGCUGUGGAUUCUGCGCCUGGUGUCUGACCGACUGUGGGGCAGAUGCGCACGGUUGUGCGGCACGGUGUGGGCAGCUUUACGGAGGUACAGACCGGUACUUUGGGACACGGGAGCAGUUUGACGCCCACCAUUCGCGUCGACGUCAAGACUUAGUCAAAGCUUAUUUGCGGACUUUGCCCCAAAAAGUCAAAAGGCUCACCAAGCAUCUUUGUGAGAAGGAUUUUAUUGAUAUGGGCUGGCGCCCGGUCCGUCAAGAGGAUCACGUCGACAAAGCAAAGGCCCAGGCCCAACCACUGCAAGCCGCCGCUUUUGUCCCGGAAAGGCGGCAGGCAGCUCGUCAAGGGGCUUACGGCUUGGUUCCAAGAGGGCCUGAGGUUAUUGUAGGGCCCAUCGGAAGGAAUCCACCGGCUCCAUUCAUGGAUGUAGAUGUACUACAUCGACCAGUUCUGCGCGCACGAAAUCGUCCACCAUUAGUCGUUGCAGAUCCUAUGGGCGGAAUUCCUGACUACGUGAGACAAGGAGAAAGAGAGCGCCACUUACCUGCUCGACCAAUGCGUGCCCGUCCACCGCCUGUAGACCCACGCUGGGAUGCUGAUAUUGCUUUGGCGUUGGAAAUGGAAUACCGAAAGUGGCUUGCUUGGAUCUCGAUUGCCAACUGCUACACCCCAAGAACAGACCGCCCAAAUGCCGGAACGGCGAUCGCUGUAACAAUUGGCGGCAACAUCGCUGCCGAUUCCUUCAUCCCGUCAAGCCCGACCAGAAACCGCCACCUGCAAGACGGCGGCGCGCGAGAAAACCAUCCCAAAGGAACCCCUUGGAAUGCUGUGUGUGUUUGGAUGAUGAGCUGCCCCCAAACUCGCCCGGAAUGGUGUUCCACCAAAGAGCACUUUCUCUGCAAUACUUGCUUUGAUCACCACGUCCGUGAGAUUGCCACGCGCGAUGAUCGCCUCGCACGGGGCUCGGCCGUGCCUUGUCCGGUGCCUGAAUGCAAGGCGAAGGACUUUGAUUUUUUUGACCUGCCCCAACAAGUUUCGCGCGAAACAAUCAAGCUGUUGGACGACUUGCGUCGCUUGGAAACGGAGCAGGCCGCGCACAGAGAAGCUGAACAGCGCCUGCGGGAGGAAGCCGCCCGUGAAGCAGUCAGGCGUGCGCAGCUUGACGAGCGACAACGUCAGGCCGAGGACGCUCGCAAGCACAUUGUCGAGAAGAUUCUGACACUGGCCUGCCCACGUUGCAAGACAGCGUUUUUCGACUUUGAUGGGUGCUUUGCGCUGUCUUGUGGCAGGUGUGGCUGUGGAUUCUGCGCCUGGUGUCUGACCGACUGUGGGGCAGAUGCGCACGGUUGUGCGGCACGGUGUGGGCAGCUUUACGGAGGUACAGACCGGUACUUUGGGACACGGGAGCAGUUUGACGCCCACCAUUCGCGUCGACGUCGUGACCUAGUGGAAGCGUAUAAUAUUAUGCAAACUUUGCCAAUGGACGUCCGAGAGCUCACCAAGCAUCUUUGUGAGAAGGAUUUUACCGAUUUGGGCUGGCCUGUGGUCCAAUAUCAUAACGUGAUGCCUGCCAUAUCACCUUGGGACGCUGAGAUUGCUUGGGCUUUGGAGCUGCAAGACGAAUUUUAA